AUGGCGCCCAACGAGAGCUCUGAGGAUGUCAAUGACUUCCUCCAGCGCAUUCGGGAACUCGGCGAGCGCCGCGACAAAGAAGACGACGAGCGCACCAAGAAACUCGAAGAGGAGAUCUUGCAGGGGCGGAAGGAAAGACAAGCCCGGAGAGCCGAGCGAGCUCGAUCCCUCGCCCUUACCGAUGACUCCUCCACACUGAACAUCGCCCGCCUGAGCGCCUCCUCUAUUAGUCCCGGGUCGAUUAACCCACCAGAACACCUGGAACCCACGCCGCAUACAGAACCAAACGCAAGUGUGGACUUGAGCGAAGACACAUUGAACACGAGGCGCGGGUCAGUUCAGGAACCCAUGGACGCUCAACCACGGGAACUGCCCACGCUGUCCCGGAGCCGGGCGGGUACGCUGUCAUGGCAGCAACGGCCACCCUCGCGGGAACUCGGGGCCAUGUCCCCCUCAGCCUCCCCCACCCGUUCCCCGACUCGUGCGAGCCAUUUGAGACACCACUCCACGGCCUCAGACGAUAGACCUCGCUCUCAGUAUGGCUUCCCACGGCUGUCGAAGGAUUUUGCAGGGUUCUCUCGGUCACCGGAGCGGGGGCUGGCCUCGCCCACUCGGGGGAAAGAAGAACGGUCGGAGAGUCAGACAGAGCCCGAGCUGGCACCUCAGGUACCGGAGGUGAGCGAGGAACCAAGUGCCAAGCUAGAUAAACUAGAGGCAGUAGAAGAGAGGCCUUCGUCGCCGCCAAGGACAGGGUCUCGGGAUAGCACCUUCAGCCAUCGCUUCUCGGUAUCAUCUGUGUCGGCGGGGUUGGGUUCACCAGUGCAUUUGUCUGAGACGCAGAAAUUGGAGCCUCGACAGGCUGAGUCGACCGUUGAAGAACCUGCGGCGUCCCCCACCCAGCGGCGCAUGUCACCAGAGCGCAGUCGCUCCACUUCACCAACGAAGGGAAUGGGAGGCUUUGUGCAAAGUGCCAUGAUGAGAAGAUCAGAUAGCGUGUCGAAGAGAUGGAGUGCACAGGUUCCACAAGGGCUGAGUCGGUCAAACUCCAUUAUUUCAAAUCGCAGCAGUGUGGCAGGUCCAAGCCUGGGGGAAAUGGGACCUCCUCCUCUUUCCCGACCUCGGGGUGACUCUUCAACUCUCCCACCUCGACCUGACUCAAGUCACAGCGACGCACACACAGAAACAACCGAACGACCAACCACUCCUUUAACGCCCGGAAUUGGGGAUAGAGAAGGUCUUCGGGGCGAAGGUAGCCCAAGCAGAGUGUUCCGUCCCAGCCAUUCGCGAUCAGCGAGCUCCGUCACGGCCGACGGUAGCGACGCACAGUCAAGCCCAUUCGUCUCCAAAACAAUGGAUCCCCGACGCUGGAGCCCAAGCAAGGCAACGUGGCUAGAAAGUGCCCUCAACAGGCCGGAGCUGCCCCGUCAACCUUCCAAGCCCCCAUCGCAACAACCUAACUGGGCUCGAGAUCGCCAGUCUCGUGGGAGCGUGGAUAUGGGGCGAGUGAACAGUUUCAAAGAAGUCACCCCCGUUGGCUUGAUGCGCACACCUCCACCGGGACUCCUCAAGAAGUCAGGCGUUUCGGGACCUUCACUUCCAACGAGCCCCGAUAAGGAAAACCCCCCCGAGUCCCCCAUAGGAUUCCCUCUGAAGAAGACCAGUAUAUCUGGUGCUUCUGUCUCUGGAAGCCCUGAUGGAAAACACAAAGAUGCUCUUCCCGGCUCUCCUCUGGCAUCUCCUUUGAAGGGCCCUAACUUCUCUGGCCAAUCUGUUGCUGAGGCCCCCGAAGACAAAUCUACAGAGGCCGUGCCUGAGUCUCCUGCAGAGUUCCCCUUCCGCAAGCCGAGCUUGUCAGGGGCAUCAGUCUCCGGAAGCCCUACCACCCGCCCCACCGAGACCACACCUGCUUCUCCAUCGGGGAGCCUUUUUAAGAAGUCUGUAUCGAGCGCCUCUGGGAUUGGGAGCCCAGAAGCCAAGUCUAAAGAAACUGCCCCGGAGUCCCCAAAGGCUCUCGGCGACUCUGCCUCAAAGCCUGCAGAAGAUAGACCUGGCUCUCAGUCACACAUCGACGAUACCCUCAAGGCUCUAUCAGGUGGGGAACCGACCGAAGAACCCAGCGCUGUUUCCCGUGAUGAAGCGGAGAUCAAAUCCCCCGAAGCACAAGAACCGCUGACGCCCGUCGGGUCUGAACUCACUCCCCAGCCUGAAGCUGCGCCAACUCCCAGAGACCCUCCCAAGUCUUUGGUCAGUCCUAAGCCCAACUUCUCUAUCAAUACAUCUUCCCGGGGGCCAAUCUCGCCCACGCCCAAGCCAGCACAGUCACCAGUCAUCGAUUUCCGUGCCAACCUGAAGAAACGCGAGGUUGUCAAAGAGACCGAGAAAGAGAAAGACACCGAUUUCCGCGCGAAUCUGAAGAAACGCGAGGUCGUCAAAGACAACGAAAAGGAGAAAGAGCCUGACUUCCGAGCAAACCUGAAGAAACGCGAGGUCGUCAAGGAUAGCGAGGAGACGAAAGAGCCAGAAUUCAAGAACAUCUUCGGCCGGCUUAAGAAAACAGAGACUCGCAACUAUGUUGCCCCCGACGAACUCAAGGGAAAUAUCCUACGGGGUAAAGCUUCUCUCAACGAAACCGGUGGACCUAAGAAGACUGAGCGCGUCGAUGAGUUCAGGAGGAGUCUCGUCAUGCGCAAAGAUGAGAUGAAGGCAGGCGGUGGCUCCAUCCGGCGUAACACCGCUGGCGAGAAGGAUGCGCCGAAACCCGCGGAUGCCGUGCCUGAAGCAAUCGCCAAGCGACAGAACAUGACCAGGACCAACAGCAUCAAGCAAAACAUUGCGGAUGAGCCGAUCUCUCCUGUCAAGAGCGUUGGCUCGCGGGCGUCUCAGGAUAGGAAGCCGUUCUCCCCAACGUCAUCUUUCAAGGACAUGGGCUCCUCCCGCACUUCGCAGGAACAAGAACCUUUAUCGCCAUUCCCUGCGGACGAUGGUCUAGAUGGGCCCGGCUGGCCGUUGAAACCCACCAAUGUCACGGCCCCAUCUGCCGCUGAGGAUCUCCAACCAGCCUCGCCAUCUCCUGCCGUCGAUCUCGUUGAUGAGAAGCCAGAGGCAUCCCAUGCGAUCAGUCAAGACCAGGUGGCCCCUGAGCUGAGCCCUGCUCGCCAGGAUGGACCUCGUGAAGUCAUCGAGCCCACUGAGCCCGCCACAGACAAGGAACACUCGCCUGAGGUCGCAAAAGCCAGCCCAGUCCACGAGUUCCCCCCAAAACCCAUCGCAGAAGCCACCGCGAGCCCCGUUCAAGCCGCAAAGAGCAAACUAGCCGGCCGGAUCAACCCUGCACUCGCAGGCCUCCUUUCCCGUGGCCCGCCUGCCCCCGAAGGACCGAAGAAGGACCUACCGAUUGCCUCUACGCAAAGCAGCCCCGCCCCAUCUGCGCCCCUCGAACACACAACUAAGAGCCGGGCCAGAGGCCCCAAGAGACGUCCUCCCCAGGCUACGACUUUGACCCAGUCCGCUCAGGAUCCCACUAAGGAGGUUGGUGCUAUCUCCUGCUUUGAUGCCAUUCCAUCACAGACUCCUCCAUCCCCUGUUGAGUCUUUUGACGACGUUUCGGAUCGCUUCUCGCAAAAUGAUGAUUCUGUUCCUGACACCGAGAUCCCUCGUCCAGAGAGCCCUGUAGCCGAGCACCUGCCUAUCGAAGAUCCUCCUGUCGCGCAACUCCCUGCCGAGAAGCUCCCCGUCGAGCAGCCUUCCCUCCCACAAUCCUCCGCCGAAGAGACCCAUAUCGAGCAGCUUCCCACCGAGCCAUCUCCUGUCGAACAACCCCGCGAUGAGCAACCCUCCUCCGAGACCUUACACGCCGAAGAGCCCGUCGCCAAGGAGCCUUUGGUCGAGGAACCUCCUUCCCCUGAGUUACUCCCUAGUGCGACAUACGUUGAGCAGCGCCCUUUCUUUGAAGACUUUUCUGCUGAAGAUUCUGUCUCUGAUCGACUUUCUUUCGAUGCGCCCUCCUCUCCUGAUCUAUUCCGUGGUGAGAAGUUCGCGGAUGAGCACCCCUCCGCCGCGGGCUUCCAUUUUGAAGAGCCCAUCGCCGAGAGACUAUCCUUCGAUGCACCUUCCUCGCCUGAGCUACCUCGCGAUGAAAAGUUCGUCGACGAGGAACCCACCGCCGCGACCAUCCAUACCGAGGAGUCCGUCGCCAAGAGACUGUCUAUUGAAGUGCCUUCCUCGCCUGAGCCACUCCACACUGAGAAGUCCCUAGAUGAGCGUCCUUUGUCAAAAGAUCUCCAUCACGAGUAUCCUGUUGCUGAGCAACUCUCUGUCGAAAGGCCUUCUUCUCAGGUCAUCCCCGAUGAGAAGCGCACUGAUGAAAUGCCUUCUGCCGAGACUCUCCACGCCGAACAGUCUAGCCCUGUCGCUGAGAAAGCUCCUCUGGCAGCAUUCUCCUUCGACUUGCCCCCAAGUGACAACAUCGUUCCCGAGACACAUGCAUCUGAAGAAUACCACCCCGAAGAGGUGAUUUCAGAGCAAACCCCGGCCAGAGAGCCUUCUCCCGAAGUUCUUGAUGAAAAGUCUCAUGAUGUGCGACGUUUGUCCGACAAUUUCCAUGUUCAAGAGACCACGACCGAGAAAAUGUUGAACGAGUCCCUUGAUGGGAAAGCCCCCGCUGAUGAGAGCCUGCAUGCCGAAAAUCCUGUUGUCAACUCAUCCCUUGUUGAGCAAACUUCUGUUAAGGCGCCUGCUUUUGCAGAGCCAACCGCUGAGCAGCCUUCUCUCGAGCGUCUUUCACUGAAGGAGUUCUCUUUUAACGAUACCAGUGCUGAAAAACAGCCUGUCGACAUGCCUUCUGCUGAGGAUCCUUCUGUCGAACAAGUUCAAACUGAGAAGCUGCCUGUUGAACAACCUAUCGAGCCACUCCCUGUUGAGCACGGCCUGAAGGAGCGUUCCUCUGUGGAGAGCCUACGUGUGGAGGAGCCUAUUGCUGAGCAACACACCGUUCAGGAACCCAGCGUCGAGCAACACCUUGCUGGGCAGACCCUGAAGGAGCGAUCUUCCAUUGACAGCCUCCGUGUCGAGGAACCCAUUGUUGAGCAACUCCCUGUCAAAGAGCCAUCUCCCGAGCCAAUUGAAGUGCAAAAGCCUGUGGAACAACCCUCCAUUGAGCAACACAACGAUGAGAACGUGGCGCCCCCAGUUCCCCUCAAGAGCGAGCCCCCACGUAGGGUCCCUUCGCCGCUUCAGCCUCGAUCCCUGACAACGGAUUUCAAUACCUUCCCUUCUCGUCCAUCCGAAGAGACACGGAGCGGGCUUGCGAGCCCUGGAGAGCCCAGUCCAUCAAGUGGCCCCCCUGUGCCAUCAAAGUCCAACUCUCCCUCAUCCUUGUCUCCCUCAACGCCCAAGUCAAGGUGGAUCCAGCAGAAUCGAUAUGCGUCGCCAUCGCCAUCGCCUCUGAGAACAAGCUACAAUGAGAACCGGAGGGAUUCUGCCGCUACUCAGCACAGUACAUCCGCUACAACCAUUGGCUCCUCCCGGGAAGCUCUCAGUCGACCUGUCAGCCAUGUUUCCCCGCCAGUUCCCCCCAAGGACGAUGAACCUACGCCCCAAAAGCCAGUCGACCCUCGCAGACUGUCCCGCAAAAUGUCUGCUCCUUCACUGGUUGCUCAGGCAAGCGAGGCUAAAGAGGUCAUUGCGGGAUUUUUCAAGACGUUCCCCAACCCUCAGACUCGCAUGGAUAUCGAUCCUCAGGUGCCACUCAUGAAAAGUCCGGAUGAUACUAAGAUUCGGACGAUCAAGCGUCAUAUCUGGGAACUCACUGGUGACGGUAGACGUCAGGAACUCCCAUCUCACCAAGAGUACAUUCUCUACCAAGGAAGCAUGUAUAUUUGCGUGCACGUUUUCGAGAUCGGCCGAAGCACUACUUCGGAGGUAUACCUUUGGCGUGGAGAUGAUGUUCCCGACACCGCAGUCGAUAGCGAGCAAGCCUUUGCGCGCAAGGUUGCCCGCGAGAACAGCUCGAAGUUGCAAGUCAUCCGUCAAGGCAAGGAGCCCACGCGAUUCAUCCAAGCGCUUGGUGGUAUCAUGAUCACCCGUCGUGGAUCCAGCUCCCGCCACAACUCCUCGGCCCUUUACAUGCUCUGUGGGCGUAAGCACUUGGGUCAGAUGACCUUUGACGAGGUGGACUACUCUCUGCGCAACCUCUGCUCCGGCUUCCCCUAUGUUGUCUCAGCCCCCUUCGGCAAGCUUUACCUGUGGAAGGGAAAAGGCAGCGGACCCGAAGAGACCGGUGCUGCCCGUCUCAUCGGCAUGGACCUCGGUCUGACCGGCGAGUUUGAAGAAGUCGGCGAGGGCGAAGAGCCCGAAGACUUCUUCGACGUCUUCGCGGGCCCCCGAGAAGCCGCACCACACAUGUGCCAGGACUACUGGCGCCUCAAGCCCAAGUACAGCCACUUCCGCACCCGUCUGCUUCGCAUCGACCACGAGCUCGGUCAACCCACUCGGUUCUGGAACCUGCGCCGCCCUGGCUCUGGCUCGCCCGUCGUGAGGCCCAACGACUGCGUGCAAGAGAUCGAACCCUUCUGCUACCGGGACAUUGGCGACAAGGACGUCUACAUCUUGGACACCUUCUUUGAGAUUUAUGUCAUUGUCGGCGAACAAGCCAUUCAGAAAUCCGCCGAUUUCGCCUCGGCCGUUGUCUUUGCGCACGAAUACGGCAUUCUCGCCACCUCGCUUCAGGAUCGCCCGUUCAUCCCUAAGAGUUACGUCGCCCUCGGGGGCGUGGCUGAUCGUUGCCAGAGCGCGUUCCGCAAAUGGAACCCGCGGAACCACCAUGCGCCUUUUGUGUUCCCUCUCGAUGUGGUGAUUGAGUCGCUUCGCGAGCUCGGGGAAUGA